AUGAUCUUCCCCCAUAUUUUUCCCCUAAUUCUUCUAAUUUUCCUCACAAAUUCUAUAAAUUCUCUCAGCGAAUCAGAGAAAAAAGGAAUUGUUGCAAAUCUUCAAUCCCGUCUUGAUAUUCUUGAAGAAACUCAUUCGGAUCAAGAUUACAAAUCGGUUUUUGAUGAAAACUUGCAAAUUUCGACGAAAUAUGGGGAUCGAAGAUUAUUUAAUCGAAAUCAGGUUUUUGAAAUUUUGAAAUAUCGAUUGAAUGGAAAUGGGAUGAAUUUUGAGAUUCGGGAGGAUUCGAGAGGAGUUUUGAGUUUUCCAUUGAAUCAGAACACUGAAGUUGAGGCGGAAAAUAAGGGAGGAAGAUAUUUGAUAACUAAAUUUAAAUAA